UUUUUUCCCUUAUUUAACGGAUUGAGCAAGACGAUUCGAGUGGUAGUCGUAACAUGCUAAUAAAAUCAAGGCUACAAUUCAUUAUAGCAGCCGCCUUAGGCUAUUUUACGCUUUAUUGGCUGUUCAAAAGUUCGCUUUUGUCACUACCGCUGUCUUCCUUCAAAAUACAGCAGUGUCGAUCCCAUCCUCUGUGGUCGUCCAUUGCGUCGACGCAUUUCAAAAAGGAUGAUCCGAAUGCCGUCGCUUAUACCUAUAUCAACAUGAAUGAUAAAGACGGCAGUCAUAACAGUAGUCGUUACAGUGAGGAUUGGACAGAGAAGCAGAAGAAUAACAGUAGCAGCCAACAGAGUACCCACCAGCAGCAGCACCACCUUGUACAUAACGACGGUAAUGACUUUGGUCAUGUACUCAUCUUGACACCGUUCAAACAGUCUGUCCAAUUUAUCGAUCGGUACUUUGAUAAUGUCAAGCGACUUACUUAUCCUCAUCACCUCAUCUCUUUGGGAUUUUUGGUAUCUGACUCUACGGAUGGGACUAUCGAGAAACUCCGAGAGAGGGCACAAUUGGAAAUGGACACAAGACAGCAGGCGCCGUCGUUGUCGUCGUCUGGUGAGGAGAGUGUCUCGAGCUGGAACAGUUUUGACAGUAUAUCGAUCUUUCAGAAGGAUUAUCAAUACGAUUUACCGGCGAACGAAGAUAGACAUGCGUUCAACGUACAGAUCACUCGACGGAAUAUCAUGGCCAAGAGCCGCAAUACGCUCUUAUCAGCGGCUUUGACCGAGAAGCACGAUUGGGUGCUGUGGUUGGACGGUGAUGUGAUUGAAUACCCCGAAACACUGUUGGAAGAGUUGAUGGCGAUGGAUAAGGAUAUGAUUGUACCGAAUUGUUACUGGCAUUCUUACAAUGAAGAAGGAGGCUAUGAUAAGAACAAUUGGCAAGAAACAGAGGAAAGUUUGGCGUUUCAAAAAACGCUACCUGAAGAUCAAGUGUUAGUCGAGGGUUAUCCAGAAUUGAUCACUCAUAGAAAGCUCAUGAUUGACAUGCGAUUUGAGAACAACCAAACGGAUUUGUUUUAUGCAGUUCCUUUGGAUGCGGUAGGAGGUACCUGCACAUUAGUCAAAGCAAAGGUGCAUCGAAAUGGCGCUAUUUUCCCACCGUUCCCGUACCAGCAUCAAGUGGAAACGGAAGGUUUAGCCAAGAUGGCCAAAGCUUUAGGUUACGAGGUGUGGGGACUACCCAACUAUUUAGUUUAUCAUUAUAUUUAAUCUUAUUUAUUAUAUGCCCCCUCCCCUCCCCCAUCAUAUAAUAACAACCCUACUUUUUAUUUAUUUAUAUACAAACUCCUUCCAUUUUUUUUUAGUUGGACCGUCCUAUGUUUCUCGUUUCGUUAUGCACAUGUCAAUAAAUGCAUCGUCUCCCCUCCCCCUCCC